CGCAGAUUUAUCGCGAGAUGUGUGCGGCAAGAGGGAUCGUUCGGGCGGCCUCGACAUGGGGAUAGUGACGCAGCGACGUGUAGCUUCUAGACCGGACUAUUCUUCAAUCGGGGGUAGAAAGGGGGAGUUACGAGGGGACCGGGAAUUGCACAACACGCGCAACCGGCAGGGCUUGCGGUCUCGUGACAUACCGGCGGUUUGAAAAUGUAUCUCUAAAGCGAGUGCGUUCUCGUCUCCGAUGGCAAUCGCUCACGCGAUGCUUGCGAACCACCACUCCUGUAAUUCGCAAAUUCCGCAUCAAAGUAUCGGUAUUCUCUCGCGUUACAACUCUAGUAUACCGAUAGGAGCAUUGUUCCUUGGUACUUAUGCAGUUUGAUUAUCUCACCUGACGAUUAUCGUUAAAAGUGCUCGGUAACCUUUCACUAUAAUUUUCAGCAUGGAGUGUCCCGAAGCGGUAGAACGAGGUCGGAAUUUUCGUCUACUAGCUGAAGAAGAGCUGUCUAAUCUUCUAGAUUUCCUUACCGGAUACUUGCCUGAUUCGUUAAAGUUUCACCAAACCAUACUAACUUACAUGCGGGAUAGAGUGUGGGAAUUUCAUUUUUACGUGGCCAACGAUUGGCCUGAAGAUGCAAUCUGCUUACAUUUCCCCGGAAUGACGUUAUCCCCAAACGGUUUAGUGUACGAGAGCGUCGGUGUCUUCUGUCCGAAUGAUCGGCUCGAGCUGCUUCGCCUUCUCCGAGAAGAGGAUAUUCUAAUAGAUUGGUCGAGACCUUUGUACAUUAAUUUCGUUCACUGCGAUAUUGCCGAGGAAUUAACGCGCCUUUACGAAGGUACCGGUACCAUUGAAACAGUCGUAGGUGAUGUCUGCGCGUGCGAAGACAUUGAGGAAGAGGAGGAAAGCCAGGACGAGAUAUCCGAUCCCGACGUCCAGGUAUUGCCUCUCAAGGGCGAGCAUGCCGAAGGAAUACACGAAUUAUAUCCGGCGAAUGACAUGGAGUGCCACGAACUUUUCCUUCGACUCAUUGGAAAAUUACCUGCGGCGGGCGUGUUCGCGAAGGGCAGCUUGGCCGCUUGGAUGAUUCAAUCCUAUUACGGGGCUAUGUUCUCCAUGCAAACCAAGCCGGAAUAUCGUAGAAAAGGUUAUGGGACGAAAUUAGUAAGGUACCUGACAAAACGCGUAGCCGAGAGAGGGUAUUACCCGUUUGUAGUGAUACGUCCAGAAAAUGAAGCUAGCCAAAGUCUAUACAAGAAGCUAGGCUUCAGACGGCUUUAUCAACUCGUUCGAAUGAUUUUUAUGCCUUUUAUAUGGCAAGAGAGCGAGAAUGACUCAAACAUUCUUAGGGAUAAUUUAGAGAACGCCGUCAGGCAGCUCACAAUCGAGCAGAGGGUAAUAACUGCUCUGCGCGAUCAAGAGGAGAGCGAGGGAACGAUACGAGAUCUUACGGAAACCACAGAGAACGAGUCGAUUGUCGAAGGGGAGGAAGAAGGUGAGGAGGAAGACGUUGACGAAAAAGAGCUUCUUGAAACUAUCGAGGAACAGCCCGAGGAUAGGAUAAACACCGCGGAGGACAACGCUACGGUAGCCGAAGAUGCACCGGAAAUUGUGGAAGUUAAUGGCUCUUGCAAUGGCGACGAAUAAACUUAUAUGUAGGGAACGUUUAUAGCGAUAAACGCGACGGUUCAUGAUUUACGUUUUGUUUGCUCGAAGACAUGCUCUUUGCCACGGAACAUUGAUGCACAGCGAAAUAUUUAAGUAAAUCGCAAACGGAAGUCGUAAAGUUCUUUUAGAACUGAUAUGUAUAUGAUUUUUGUGUAUAUCUUUUCUACUUGUAUCUACAUUUAUUUUGAUAGAAAUAAACGUCCGUAUAACUACAAUUAGUAAUAAUUAAUAUGAAUCAUAUUCAAGACAAUGAUUCAUAGUGAAUAAUAUUACAUUAUAUUUUUGAAUUAUUAUCAAAGAGGUUAAUUAAAAACAUAGCAAGUUUAUGAAUUGAAAAAUAUUGUAUAUUAAACGGGAGUUUUUAAUUGCAUAUUAUAAAAUGCAAAAUGUGGGUGUAUAUCAUGUGCGGAGAGCAGAUUUCUUCGAGCGAUAAAAACGAAAGAGUCAAAGAUAGAACAUAUUUUAAGAGACUUCGAUAUUACGCAUAGCGUUCGUGCGAGGCUUCAAUAUUAUGUACGAAGAAUCAAAAUUCCUCGUAUGAUUCCUCAUAUCAGACUCUUUCUAAAACGUCGUGAAAAUCUCAGGUAUUCGAUAGCUACGUAUCUUUGAGUUGCCAAUGUUAUAUAUCUCGUCAAAGUCUAUGUGAAUCUUAUUAUGUUGGUAAAUACAUAAUUUGAAAGAAACCGUCGAUGUUACCAAUAAUUCGUAGUAACAGUGCGUUCAAAAAAAAAAAACACGCACCUGUUUAAUAUAUAUAUAUGUUUAAAUAUUUCUAAAUAAAUUAAAUAAAAUUUAAGUCACAAUAUAACAGUCGGCCAUUUACGUCUAUGCGCAUUUUUCCAUGUGUUCCUCGCUUACUUCACUACAAUUUAUCGGUAAAACAUGUGUAUUUUAUGUGUA